CUCGGCUCGGCUCCUCGCUCCUAUAAGGAGCUCUCCAGCUUCGAGCUUGCUGAAUUCCAAAUCGCAGUUCCUGGAGGUGGAUUCAGGACCUGCCUUCGAUGUGCGCCUUCGGCGUUGGGGCGCACGUCGUUUUGGACCUGCUCUUGUACGGAGAUUUGGCGAAAGGGGUGGGGGGAUCUUUCCCUCUCCCUCUCCAGCAUUUCUUAAGAGUGCCUGGAUGCCGGGUGGAGUAAAUGAGCCAAGGAAGGGAAGCCAAGCCAGAGCAGCCACGGUCUGAAAUUGGAGAUUAGGGGAGGCAGGGACUGCACAAGAAAAUGGAUCCUAUUCCCCAACUCUUCCGCGUUUUGACUUUGAUGCUGUUCAGUUUCUGGCAUCUUGGAUUAGCAGCUCCCAACCAUAAUUGUGAAGAGCCGCUGGUACUCUCGUUACCCGCGACAGCCUUUGACAGCUCCUCCGAGCUCUCCAGCAGUCACAGCCCCAGCUUUGCAAAGCUCAUCAGACGGGAUGGAGCUGGUGGCUGGUCCCCAUUGGAUUCUAGCAGGGAAGAAUGGCUCCAGAUUGAUUUGGGAGACAGAGUGGAAAUUACAGGUGUUGCUACUCAAGGAAGGUAUGGAAGCUCAGACUGGACAACAAGCUACAUUCUAAUGUUCAGUGAUACAGGUCGCAACUGGAAGCAAUAUAGAGAGGAAGACAUCAUCUGGGUCUUCCAAGGGAACACCAAUGCCGACAGCAUUGUACAGCACAAGUUUCUGCACUCUGUUAAAGCUCGCUUUGUGCGCUUCAUUCCUCUGACGUGGAACCCAACCGGGAAAAUAGGCCUGCGGGUUGACGUUUUUGGGUGUACAUACAAAUCUGAUAUUGCUGACUUUGAUGGGAGGAGCUCCCUCCUCUACAGAUUCAACCAAAAAUUGAUGAGUACCUUCAAAGAUGUUGUUUCCCUGAAGUUCAAGAGCAUGCAGGGAGAUGGGGUCCUGUUUCAUGGAGAAGGGCAGCGUGGAGACUACAUCACACUGGAGCUGCAGAAUGGGAAGCUUUCUUUGCACAUCAACUUGGGAGAUGCCAAGCUCCGUUUCAGUAACAGCCACACCUCCGUCACCUUGGGCAGCCUCCUAGAUGACCGGCACUGGCAUUCAGUUCUCAUUGAGCGAUCCAACAAGCAAGUGAACUUCACAGUGGACAAGCACAUGCAGCAUUUCCGGACUAAGGGAGACUCAGAUGACUUGAACAUUGAUUACGAGCUCAGCUUUGGAGGAAUCCCUGUCCCCGGAAAACCAGGAACAUUUCUGAAGAAAAAUUUUCACGGCUGUAUUGAGAACCUUUAUUACAACGGAGUCAAUAUCAUUGACCUGGCAAAAAGACGGAAGCCACAGAUCUACACUGUGGGUAACGUGACUUUUGCCUGCUCAGAACCACAAAUCACUCCCAUCACCUUCGACAGCUCCAACAGCAGUUACUUGCUGUUACCAGGCACUCCCCAGCUUGAUGGCCUGUCAGUCAGCUUCCAGUUUCGAACGUGGAAUGAGGAUGGCCUGCUCCUGUCCACUGAGCUGUCAGAAGAUUCUGGCUCACUCCUGUUAUAUCUCCAGCAUGGCAAGAUAGCGCUCAUCAUACGGAAGGCAGCAGAGAAAUAUGUGGCCAUCAGUGCAGGCAGCAAUCUAUAUGAUGGCCUAUGGCACUCAGUUAACAUCAAUGCUAGAAGACAUCGCAUCACCCUAACUCUAGAUAAUGAUGUAGCAUCUGCUGUUCAUGCAACCACUGUUUCGCAGAUUUAUUCAGGGCACAGCUACUAUUUUGGAGGGUGCCCUGACAAUUUUACCGAUUCGAAAUGUUUAAAUCCCAUUACGGCUUUCCAAGGCUGCAUGAGACUCAUCUUUAUUGAUAACCAGCCCAAGGACCUCGUUUUAGUUCAGCAAGGUUCCCUGGGGAAUUUUAGUGAUUUGCACAUUGAUCUCUGUGGCAUCAAAGACAGGUGUUUGCCAAACUACUGUGAACAUGGAGGAAAAUGCUCCCAGUCCUGGAUGACGUUCUACUGUGAUUGUAGUGAAACUGGUUACAUGGGAACGACCUGCCAUAACUCUAUUUAUGAGCAGUCAUGUGAAGCCUAUCGGCACCAAGGGAAAACAUCUGGCUUCUACCACAUUGAUUCUGACGCAAGCGGUCCGCUGCCACCACUCUUAGUCUACUGCAAUAUAACUGAAGAUAAGAUCUGGACUGUGGUCCAGCACAACAACACUGAGCUGACUCGAGUCCAUGGGGCUGAUCCUGGGAAGCCAUUCAGCAUGAACUUCAACUACAACGGCAGCAUGGAGCAGCUGGAGGCAAUGAUAGAUAGUGCUGAAUACUGUGAACAGGAGGCAGCUUACCACUGCAAGAAGUCACGUCUGCUCAACACCCCAAAUGGAAUGCCAUUUGUUUGGUGGGUUGGUCGUGCCAAUGAAAAACAUCCUUACUGGGGAGGGUCUCUUCCAGGAGACCAGCAAUGUGCAUGUGGAUUGGAAGAAAGCUGCUUGGACCUCAGAUACUUUUGUAACUGUGAUGCAGACAAAGAAGAAUGGACUAAUGAUACUGGCUUCCUAUCCUUCAAAGAACACUUACCUGUGAACCAGAUAGUCAUCACUGACACAAAUAGACCCAAUUCUGAAGCUGCCUGGAGAAUUGGCCCUUUGCGUUGCUAUGGAGAUAGACAGUUCUGGAAUGCAGCUUCAUUCAACACCGAGGCCUCGUACCUUCUUUUCCCCACCUUCCAUGCAGAGUUCACUGCGGACAUUUCUUUCUUUUUCAAAACAACUGCUAUGUCUGGGGUCUUCUUGGAAAAUCUGGGCAUGAGAGACUUCAUCCGACUUGAAAUAAGCUCCCCUAAAGUGAUCACCUUCACAGUAAAUGUUGGAAAUGGUCCGGUUGAAGUCAUCGUCUGGUCUCCAAAGUCCCUGAAUGACAACCAGUGGCAUUAUUUGCAUGCUGAGCGGAAUCUCAAGGAAACCUCUCUCCAGGUGGACAACCUUCCAAAGAAGAUUGUGGAAGCACCUGCUGAAGGACACUUCCGACUGCAGCUGAAUAACCCGUUAUUUGUAGGGGCAACUGCUUCUAGACAGCAAGGUUUUAUGGGCUGUAUUCGCUCUCUUCAGCUGAAUGGGCAGAAGCUUGACCUUGAAGAGAGAGCCAAGGUGACCCCUGGGGUCAAACCUGGCUGCCCUGGACACUGUAGCACUUAUGGUAGCCUUUGCCGCAAUGGAGGGAAAUGUGUGGAGAAGUUCAAUGGCUACUUCUGUGACUGCACCAAUUCUCCAUAUGAAGGACCAUUCUGUAAAGAAGAGGUUUCUGCACUUUUUGAAGCUGGCACUUCCAUUACCUACAUCUUCCAGGAGCCUUAUCCUGUGACCAAAAAUGCGAGCUCUGCAUCCUCUGCCAUUUAUGCAGACACCUCUACAUCCAAGGAGACCAUUGCCUUUACCUUCCUGACAGCCCAUGCACCAAGCCUCUUGUUCUACAUCAACAUAUCCUCUCAUGACUAUUUGGCUGUUAUUCUCUCCAAGAAUGGAAGCUUGCAAGUCCGAUACAGACUGAGUAAGGACAGAUCCCUUAUUUUCACAAUUGAUUCUGGAAACUUUGCUAACUGGGAGCUACACCAUGUGAAGAUAAAUAGAGAUGGAAGAGAGCUGACUAUUCAGAUUGACCAGGUUCUCAAAGUCAAGCACAACUUUUCUUCAGAGGCUGACUUCAGGGCCAUCAAAUCUCUGUCCUUAGGGAAAGUCACAGAUAGUCAGGGUCUAGAUCUGGAAGUCUCCAAAGCAAAUUCCUUUGGAUUUGUAGGAUGUAUGUCAUCUGUCCAGUACAACCACAUAGCUCCACUGAAAGCUGCUUUGCGGCAUCCCAGUAUAGCACCUGUGACAGUCCUGGGUUCUUUGUCCGAAUCAAACUGCAGAUCUUUGGUUGAAGUUGAUGCAAAUACAGCAACUACAAUAUAUUCUUCAUCAGAUCCAUUUGGGAAGGCAGAUGAGAAAGAGCCACUCACCAAUACUGUAAGGAGUGAUUCAGCUGUCAUUGGAGGUGUUAUAGCAGUGGUGAUCUUUAUCAUCUUUUGCAUUGUGGCCAUUAUGAGCAGAUUUCUUUACCAGCACAAACAGACGCAUCGGAGCAGCCAGACAAAGGAAAAGGAAUAUCCAGAGCACCUUGACAGUUCUUUUAAGGCUGACGUUGACUUGCAGAACACAGUGAGCGAGUGCAAACGAGAAUACUUCAUCUAGUGGACUCUCCAGCUCCUUGUUACACUUUGGCAUUUCUUUGAUUACGAUACUGAUUAUUGUUAUUUUUUAACCCAUCCAUCUCUUUGGAAUUCCCCCACCUUUUUGGAAAGAACCCACUUUGCACAGAAGAAAGUGACAGCAGCUCCAGCGCCUCAGUCUCUUUCCCAAACACAGCACAGUUAACACCUAACAGCUCAAGCAGCCGUGGGUUUCACCUGAGUUCCUCAUAAUGUGCAUGGUUGAUUGUUGAUUUCCUGGAUUUCUGAAAUGUUGCUUUCUGGACUCAUUUAAUUCACCAUUUUAUGUCGGACCUGAGUGAUAUAUACUAGAGGUAAAGUGUACAAGCUAACUAUGUAGCAUCUCAGCUAUUGCAACAAGGUAGUGGGAAAGAAUAAGACCAAAUUAUAUCAUUAAAAAUGUUUAAGAGGAGUCAAAUCCUUUGUUUUGAAAACUAGCAUAAUAAUUCCGUUUCAUGUUUGUGGUGCUGUGAUGAUUUUUUCAAGCUGAGGAUCUGGAAUGACUUUUCGUUUGACCCCCUUUUCUUUCCCCUUACCAUUUUAUUGUAACUUUUGUGACUGGAAGAUUCCCCUUUAUUCUUUUUAAUGUAGCACCCUUGAUGAAAACAGUGUUCCAAAUUAGGUCUGGGGCAAACUUUUGUGGGUGGAUGAAAUUGCAAUAUUUUUCAGGGGUGGUGUAGGCUUUUGGGAACAGAGAUGAGACAACAGGAGGUUGUAGUCUUACUUUUAUAGGGUGGGGG